AGUUGGCAUGAACACCUAGGAGUGAAGAGUUAAAAUGGGAGUGGUGAUCGGCUGUUACUUCCGUAGUAGACCUGCGCGGGUUUGGCCGCCAUGAUGGUGCGCAGAUUCCAGAAACUGCAUUGAAAACAUGUCCUCGGCACACUGCUCAGCUAUUAAUUGCUCUAAUAGACGCUGCAAAAGCAGUGGUGGAGCUACUGGGUGGCCACCCCACUGGCCCGCUAGACAAUUCAGGUAUCAACAUACUGCAUACUGUACCCCAAUGAAAAACCUCUGGCUCCCUAUGGCUAUAAUAUUUGGUUGUUGGAUUACGUUCAAUUUUAUGGUAACAUGUCCUCCAAUUCUAUGAUAUUCAAUGCACAAAAUGUGUCAAAGUGGCACAAGGCUUCCUUUAAUUUGUACCAAAAAAGUGUGUACACCCCUGCUGUAAUGUGUGGUUGCACAGCAUCAUCUUGUAUGCAGACCGAGUAGGACUCCUGUUGUUCCCGUUAGUGAAGCACAGGGGGUGCUCUUGGACACACAGUGGACUCCGAACCCAACAUUAAACGGACAUUUUAGUCGUCAAUCUGUCCAAAGUGCUCGCAACAAAACUUUUCCUCCCCAACUUUCUCCUGCGUGUAGCGGACUUUGGUCCCCGAUAAUGUCUGACAAAACAAGCUUUGCCGAUACCAACGUACAUCUGGAUGUUAAGGAUUAUUAUGGAAAGACGUUGAAGAACACCUCAGACCUGAAGAGCAAUCCCUGCGUGGCUUUAGCUGCGCCCCUUCCAAAAUUCAUCCUCCAGGCGCUGAAGAAAGUCCAUGCUGAUGUCACAGACAGAUAUUUUGGUUGUGGUCUGGUGGUGCCAGAGUGUUUGGAGGGCUGCAGGAUUCUGGACCUGGGCAGCGGGAGUGGUAGAGACUGCUACUUGCUGAGUCAGUUUGUGGGCGAGACUGGCCAUGUCACUGGCAUCGACAUGACCGAGGAUCAGCUUGAAGUGGCCAGGAAGCAUGUGGACUUUCACAUGAAGGAAUUUGGCUACAAGAAGCCCAAUGUGACUUUUGUCCACGGCUACAUCGAGGCCUUAACAGAGGCGGGUCUGGAAAAGAACUCUUAUGAUAUCAUCAUCUCCAACUGUGUGGUCAACCUUUCUCCAGACAAGAAGAAAGUUCUGAAUGAAGCCUACAGUGUGCUGAAGGAUGGUGGCGAGUUUUUCUUCAGUGACAUGUACUGCAAUGGAAGACAAACGGAGGAGAUUAAAAACAAUAAAGUCUUGUGGGGUGAGGGCUUUGGUGGCGCGCUGUGGUACAAAGACCUUCUACAGUUGGCCGAGGAAGUAGGAUUCAGCCCCCCGAGGCUUGUUACUGCCAGCCACAUCACUGUUGACAACAAGGACAUGCAAGCCAGUCUGGGUGACUUCAAGUUUGUCUCUGCCACAUACCGCCUGUUUAAGGUCCCUAAAGGCAGCACCAAGUGGUGUAAAGUCGUGUAUAAUGGUAACAUUACAGGGGCAGAGGAGACCCUCCGCUUCGACUGUCAGUACACCUUCAGGGCUGAUGAAGUGAUGGAGGUAGAUGGGGAAGUAGCCUCCAUCCUGACCCAUUCCAGAUAUGCACAGGCCUUCACUUUCCAGCCACCAGGAGGCUCCUGUGAACCCUGUGGAGUCAAACGAAAGACAGGCACUGGGGAUCCUUUCGAGCUGGCUGCGCAGCUGCAGAAACAAAGUCCAGGUUCAGCCACGGGGGGGUGCUGCAGUACAGAGCCUGAAGCCUGCUGCAAGUGAUGGUUGGAAAUACAUCCAGCACGCCAGCAUCUCAGUAGAAUCACAUGGUGAUAAACAAGCAGUUCAGUGUCACAAAUUCUUGUUUGUUUUUCCGUACGCUCACUUACACAAUCCAACUACAUCCAAUAACAUGCGCUGCAAGCGGUAAAGUCACACCCAGUAAAUUUGGUUUAUUGGUUUUUAUAUUUGAUGGGACACGUAUGAUGAUUUCAUGAUAACGGAUGUUUAGUAUUUUCUAGUCAUUGCUCUCCUUUUGAAACCUUACAUGUUUGUUCUUACGUAAAGGCAGCCUUGUGAGAAUCCUGGACAACAUAACAACUCCUUGUCUAAACAGAAUUGGUUGUGGUAGUCUCAGUCUAACAUUUACAGUGUUCCCUUGUUUAUCACGGGGGAUAGGCUCCCAAAAUAGCCCGCAAUAAGUGAAAGUAGAAUUUUAAUGAUCAACCUACGAGGUUGGACACAAGAAACGCGUAUUUCACUCCUCUGAGCGUGCCGUAACGGCGCCCUACAGCCGCGUAUAUUCUACAUUCCUUCAGCAUGUACACAAGUCCAACGUUAUGUGCGAUGGUUAUCAUCCUCCACUGCCUUUUGGGCGCAGAGCGUUUCGUCGACAUUGUGGGUUUUGUCGGUGAGAAACUUGCAAACAUACAAAGUCUGCUCGCUAGCAAGGUAGCGAUGACACAGGAGACACGGCAGGGCAGCACACAAAGGAGAUGGAUCAGGACACAGGAUACAAUGGGCGGGGAAGACAGACGAGAGGGAAGAGAGAGAGAGAGAGAGACACUCACCUUCCCACAAUGAAAACAGCUGUGAACAGCGAUAGAGCGAGGGAACACUGUAUAUUACAGCUUAUAUUUGGUUCAAAACAUGGCCUAUUUUUCCUAUAUGGAAUUAGAGUAUCUUACAAAUGUGAGUACAUACCUCACAUUUCAGCAUUUAACACUGAGUAUCUUCUUAAAGGACAAUACUAUAGAAAUGAAGCUUGAAAGUACUUUAGUGUAGUACAUGUACAGCUCUUACAGCAUCUUAGAGUUACUCUCCACUGAAAAUGAAUCAACACACUGCCGUUAUGGUCUAAAUACAGUAGCUGGUAACACAGUGAACGUAUAGAUAGAUAUACAUAUACUGUAGAUGUGUUCUUGCUGGUGUGAGCAACAUUGUUAUCUAGCACUGCUAUAGUCCUCUUUGCCACGAAAUUGAUCAGAGCUGCACAGGAUGUUACUGGAAUCCUCCUCCAUGAUGUCACGAUGUUUUCCCGCAGAUGGACUCCUGCACCAGACCAUGCCGCUACCGCCACCACGGUUGACUGUAGGCACUUAUCUUGAUACUCACUUGUAUUUCCAACUAUUUAGACAAUAAUGGCUAACUGCUAUACAAGCUGUACACUGACUACUCGAAAGUAUAUCCAUGUUUCGUUUUUAUUGUAUUGUCCCCUGAGAAGAUACAGUAUACAGUAUAAAAAUGGUGGAUCAGGGCUGUACUAGCUUUUAGUGAGAUACUGUAGGAGUAUUGAUUGGCUAUAGUGAAUCAGCAUCAUUGAUUACAGUCUGUACGUUAAGCAGUGUCAACAUGAUUUCCGUAUUUGUUAUUUGUCUUGACAAAACACCUACAGAUGGCAACAUUUUCACCAUUUUUGUGUGUUCUGAACAAAGAUUUGGAUCAAUAAACUGCAUUAUCCCAAA